CGGACACUGAUAUAGCGAACAGAUGGCCAUACGGUUGAGCCCAACGGCUCACACACUGGCGACCGGACGUACUCUAUAUCAUGAGUAGUCGGUAUCGCUAUUAUAAAUAUUAAUACAGGCAAUCGCUGUGUAAUCGAUAUCUCAUCACAUGUUAUGAGUGUUUGAAUUCAUUUGAAAAGUUGUUUUCAUUGGCUGUGAUUGGCGUUCAGUACAAGUGUCACACAUUUGUACCACUCAUUUGAUCCCUAAAUCUUGUGCCCAUUUAUCUCCUCUACAUCUCUGAUCAGUCCUCCAGACGUGACACACGUAUAGCUCUGGCAAUGACUUCAUAUACCGUUGAAUACAUAACUGAUAAAUUGAAACAACAUUUAGAGACAACACAUUUGCAGUCGGUGGAGGACAUGUCGGACGGAUGCGGCGCUAAGUUUAACGCAUUGAUAGUGUCGGACAAGUUUGAAGGCAUUCCCCUCUUAGAGAGACACCGAAUGGUGAACACUGUGUUGUCCACAGAACUCAAGACAAUACACGCGUUCACUAUGAAGACUAUCACAUCCAAACAAUACCAUGAUUUACAAAAUAAAUGAUUACAUCAUUAUUAGCCGCAAUUACUAUUAUUUAAUAAUACAUUUUUAAUGAUUCCCACAUUUAAUGAGUUUACGAAUGAAUUGACACUUUUUUACAUAUUUAAAAAUAAAACAUUUUGAUUGCAAU